UUAAUGAAAUGUCUACCUUGAAACAAUUUUUUUUCACUUUAAAUAUGUGUGCAUUGGUAGAGUUUCAUAACUUUGACAUAAAAAAAAAUACUAAUAAAACUUCCAACAAACAUUAACAAUUUUAAUUUUUGCACUAAUAAAUUAAAUUCAGCACAAAAUUAAUUUACACCCAUCUAGCUAGAUAAGUAAUAAUAUGUCUUUAGCAAGCUUGAUAUUAACUAUAUAUGAUAGUAUAGUAGUAGUAGUAUAGUAAGUAAGUACACUACUAUUACUAGAAAAAGAAAGUUGAUGAGUUAUAUUAAUAAUAAAUAGUAAUAUAUGGUUUGAAUAAUUAAAUUAAAUUAAUUCAAAAAAUCUCAUGAGAAAAAGAAAAUAUAUAUGUAUGAAAUUAAUUAAAGAGAGAGAGAGAGAGAGAGAGUGACAUCAGGUACUGGGGACAAGCUUUAAGCCAUGCGCAAUCGAGCGGUCCUUCCCUUCCUCAAUUCCUUUUUAUAUAAUUCUCUCUCACUUCUUAACCCAUUUUUUCUUAUCUAUCUAUCCAUCUAUCUCCAAACUCUCUCUCUCUCUGUACAACUAUAAUAUUUAUAUUGUUUUUCAUAUAUAUAAGUUUCAAAAUUUUCAUUAAUCAUACUAAUAAUAAUAAUAAUCAUCAUCAUCAUCUAAAACAAUUGUUCUUGUUUUCUUCUUCAGUAUUCUUUUCUGUCUUAAACGAGUACUAUAACAUAAAAUUAUAUAUUAUUAUUACAAGCCAAACAGUGAUAUACUAUAGCUAUAUCACACCUGAAUUUCCUGAUCAAGUACUAGACUCUCUCAGCAUAGUAAAAAAAAAACAACAACAACAACAACAAAGGAAUAACUUUAAUGGAGUCCAUGGAGUCAAGUAGUGUCCCACCUGGAUUCAGAUUCCAUCCCACAGAUGAAGAACUCGUUGGAUAUUAUCUCAGGAAAAAAAUAGCUUCUCAAAAGAUCGAUCUUGAUGUUAUUAGAGAUAUCGAUCUUUACAGAAUCGAACCAUGGGAUCUUCAAGAGAGAUGUCGGAUCGGAUAUGAAGAGCAGAAUGAGUGGUAUUUCUUUAGCCAUAAAGAUAAGAAGUAUCCAACAGGAACAAGAACUAAUAGAGCAACAAUGGCUGGGUUUUGGAAAGCAACAGGAAGAGAUAAGGCAGUUUAUGAUAAGGCAAGACUCAUUGGAAUGAGGAAAACUCUUGUUUUUUAUAAAGGUAGAGCCCCUAAUGGACAGAAAACUGAUUGGAUUAUGCAUGAAUACAGACUUGAAUCCGAUGAGAAUGGUCCUCCACAGGCAAAAGGAUGGGUUGUAUGCAGAGCAUUCAAGAAGAGAACAACAAGCAAUGGCCAAACUAAAACCAUAGAAGGUUGGGAAUCAGCAGGCUACUUCUACGACGAAUCGAGCAAUGGAGUGAGCUCAGUGGUCGCCGAUCAUCAUCGUCGUCAUCAUCAUCAUCAUCAUCAUCAAAUCGAUAAUUACAUCUCAAGGCACAACAACAAUCCUCAACCUCAUCAUCCUCAUCAUCAUCAUAACCAAAGCUUCAUCAUGUGUAAACAAGAAUUAGAAGGAGAUAGCUUAUUAAGCUUCAACAAUCUUCUGCAACAAAAUCAUCAAUUUGUUCAGCAACUUCCUCAACUUGAGAGCCCUUCUCUUCCCUUAAAGAGGCCUGCAAGUUCGGUUUCUUUGGUAACAGAAAUAGUCAACGAAGAAGAUCAACAUAAUAAUCAAGACCAAAGUGAUGAUCAUAUUAUUAGUAACAAUAAUAACAAUAAUACUAACAAGAAGAAGAAAGUUGUUACAACUGAUUGGAGAGCGUUGGACAAGUUUGUUGCUUCACAGUUGAGUCAAGAUGAUCACGAAGAUCAUAACAAUAAUAAUAAUAAUAAUAGUAAUAAUAAUGAGUCAAUAUUUGGAGUUAGUAGUCAUGAUCAUCAUCAUCAUCAUGAAGAGACAGAUACGACGUCGUUUAUGUUGUUGGCUCAGAGUAGUAUAGAUGAAGGGAACAGAUUGAAUGCCUUCUUGAACUCCAGCUCCCUUGAUUGUGACUUUGGGAUUUGCAUAUUUGAGAAAUGAAUUAUUGGAUUAAUAUUGCUAUAUAUUGGUACGUAUAUAUAUACGUAUAAUGUACGUAUAUAUAUAUAGUAUUGUGUAGUAAAUUAUAUAUCAUGAGGAGGAGUUGGUGAUAUAUAUUGUGAAUGAGUGAAAAAAUUAACUUGAAGCUCUCUCUCUCUUCCCUCUCGAAUAAUAUGCAUUAAUUUUUCUCUCUCUAUAUAUAUACUCUCAGCUUGGUGAGGGUGAGACUAUAUAUCUACCUAUGAAUAUAUAGGUGUAAUGUAUAUGUGGCAAUAUUGUAAAAUUGACACAUGACCAAAAAAGAAAGAAGAAGAAGGUGGUUCUUAUUAUUUUAUUAAUAA